UAUCCUGUUGUCACAACCCCAGGCCAAAUUCAAUACAAAUCGAAAUUCCUAGUCAAGUAUGGAAUCCUUUGAAAUGCGUGUUGUUUAUGAAUUAUUUACAUAAAAAUAUACAUUUAUUUACACAAAAUGGGCACUCAAAAACCUGGAGAAUGGGCGAACUCGCUAAUAGCCAGAUUUGAAGAGCAACUACCAUACAAAACCGGGGCACAGAACCUCCACUCCCGAAUAAACGAGGAACAAUGCAAAGCCUGCCUCGUACAGAUUAGCAGGCAUCGCUUCUCGCUCGUCAUCGCCGGCCUCACCAAGAUCCUGCAGCGAGUCAACGAAUUGUACCAACCAACCAUAUCGUCGGGUGUGAACCGACCGCACACGGAGCUAGAGAAGAGCUACAGCGACAGUCUGGUCAUAGUUCUGGACACGCUGGAGAUAUGCCUCAGCUCACAGCCGAAGGACACCACCAAGUUUGAUGAGGCGAUGAAUGUGAAGAUACUACUGAGGGAAGUCUGCCAAUUUAUUGACAUGCGGAAUGAGAACACAACAAGUAACACUCUACUCCGGCAGCUGGCGAGCAAAGUGCUUUUCGCGCUAAGCCUCAACUUCUUCAACGCGGUAUUCAACAGAAUCAGUGCUCGGUUACAGGAAUUGGCUUCAAGCUCAGAAGAAAACCCCGAUUAUACAGAUAUAGAGUUAAUACAACACAUCAACGUGGACAUCCUACGGCUUAUACGGCUGCUCACAGAAUCAAUACAAAAGUUUAAGUUAUUAAGAAAAUCAGCGCACAUAGUUUUGGUAUCGUCUUUAGAGAAAGCAAUAUGGAACUGGAUGGAUACAUACCCCCAAGAAUUCGCAGAAGUCCAAUGCCGGCCUAACGAUGAUCUCAGCAAAUGCUGCGACACUCUUUUCGACAUUUUACAAGAUAGCUUCUCCGAUAAUAAGAAAUCUAGAGUGGCGAUGUGGCCACUGCAGAUUAUGUUAUUAGUUUUGAACCCUAAAGUUUUAGAAGAGAUUGUGAAUGCAGACAGCGGCGCUCCGUGCAGUCCGCGACAUACCAAGAAGAAACUAUUUGUCGACUCAGUGAAGAGAGGGCUUAGCCCACAGAACAACUCUAAACAGAUGACAGAAGCGGCGGUCGUGACAUGUGUCAAACUAUGUAAAGCGUCGACGUAUCUGAACAUCUCUGACAGUGGAAACGUCACUUUCGUGCUUGUCAAAUCCGUUAUUAAUGAUCUCAAGUCUCUCCUCUUCAACCCCUCAAAAUCCUACGUGCGAGGCAACUUGAUCUCAGGCUACUCGGAAUUGGAUCUGAUGACCGACUGUUUCGUAUCGUUAUUUCGGAUUAUGCCACACACGAAUGAUGCUAUUAAAGUGUGCCUCAACCUUAACACGCAUAUUUCGUACCAUUAUGUCAUAGUCAACUCCUUAUUGAGGAUAAUAAAACAGCCACGACUGCCGUGGUGGCCCCAAAUAGAGUUACUAUACCCGCGCGCGGCCGAGCUGAGAGCUAUGUUCACAGACACGUUGAAUAAAGCCACACAGGGCUACAUAGUCCACACGCCGCUCCGUAUGAUCUCGCGCUCGCUCAAAUCCAAGGAAGUGCAAGCCAAGUUCAACAAGUCCGAGGAGAUGCCGGCUUACAGGAACCUGCUGCUGUGCAUGGUGAAACUUAUACAUGCUGAUCCUAUGCUGAUGUUGAGUAACCCCGGCCGCUCAGGCAUCGAGAUCCAGUCAUCAACCACCGAACUAAUCAAUGGUCUGGUCUCGCUGGUGCAUCAGACGGGCAUGGGCGAGAUAUCGCAAGAAGCAAUGGACGCGUUGCUGGCUUUACAUCGGCCUGAUCGGGUCCAUAUGUGGAAUCCUGAAGCGCCGCUUAACACUUUCUGGGAUAUCAGCUCCCAAAUCCUCUACAACAUCAGCCAGAAGCUCAUCCAGCGUCAGAUCGGCAACUACCGCGAGGUGCUGCGGUGGCUGCGCGACAUCCUGACGUGUCGGAACGAGUUCUUGGCCAAGCACAAGGAAUACGCGAACGUCGGCUCACAGAUACCGAUAUGCAAGCAGGCGCAUAUUAAGUUAGAGGUGGUUUUCUUCAUGUGCCUCUGGUCCAUCGACACGGAUGUGGUGUUGGUCGCCAUGUCCUGUUUCGCCCUGCUGUGCCAGGAGGCGGAUAUCCGGUGCGGCGCUGACGAGAUCACCACACAGUGUCUGUUGCCAAACUACGCCGUAUUUCAGGAGGUGGCGCACACUUCCACCGUACUUACCACCGCUAGUCAGGAUAUGGGACGUGGUUGCACUUACAAAAACAUUCACAGCUCAGCGGCGUUGCAGAAGAGGAUAAUGGCGUUAUUGAGGAAGAUCGAGCAUUGCGUGAACGGCGUUCAACCGGUGUGGGAGGAAACUUUUCGAUGUUGGGACUCCCUAUGCAAGCUGCUACAGAAGUACCCCAAAGGACAGGGCGACAAAAUGGACGACUGUCAAAUGGAGGCGAUCCACAGAGCGGUAGCUAAACGGAGAGUUUCGCAUCACAGCAGUAGCGAACACGAUUUUGAGAUGCAGAUUCAAGAGUGGGCUAACAUCACAUCGUUUCUAUGCGCACUCGGGGGAGUAUGCUUGCAGCGGCGGCCGUCUACCGUCUGGUCCCAUCUUCACGCUCACGAUUCGAGGAAAUACAAUGUAUUGGCCAACAGCUCACAAGAAGUCCAGUACUGCCCUGUCACACAAUUCAUCGGCCAACUCCUCCGCCUCCUGCUAUGUAGCAACGAACGCUUCGGCCAACAGAUCCAAAGCCACGUGAAGGAGCUAGUCGGCCACGAGAUGUCGCCGGCGCUCUACCCGAUCCUGUUCGACCAGAUUAAAGCCAUUAUUGACAAGUUCUUCGACCAACAACAGCAGGUAAUGCUGACCGACAUCAACACUCAGUUCGUGGAACACACGAUAUUUAUAAUGAAGAGUAUAUUAGAUAACAAGAAGACAGGACAACCUGCGGAGCACCUCAGCACCACGUCUAUAGAGGGACUCAUGCUUGCUAUAGUGAGAUACGUUCGUCAUUUAGACAUGACCGUGCUAUCCGUGCACAUCAAAACGAAGCUCUGCCAAGUGGUCGAAGCCAUGAUGAGAAGGAGAGACGACCUGGCCUUCAGACAGGAGAUGAAGUUCCGUAACAAGAUGGUGGAGUACGUGACGGACUGGGUGCUCGGCACCAGUCACCAGAUCGCGCCUCCGCUGCGGGCCGACGCCUCUUCCAUAUCCAGGGAGCUGGACCAGGCGUGCAUGGAGGCGGUGGCGGCGCUGCUGAAGGGGCUGCCGCUGCAGCCCGAGGAGUCCGACCGGGGGGAUCUGAUGGAGGCGAAGAGCCAGCUGUUCCUUAAGUACUUCACUCUCUUCAUGAACCUACUGAACGACUGUAAUGAAGUGGAGAUGGCCGAAGGGCCGGGGAGGCUGGAAACGCUGCGUAACGCUACCAUACAAGCCAUGUCUAAUCUACUAAGCGCUAAUAUAGACUCGGGGCUCAUGCAUAGCAUAGAUCUGGGUUACCAUCGGGACCUACAAACCAGAGCUGCUUUUAUGGAAGUCCUGACUAAAAUCCUGCAACAGGGCACAGAGUUUGAUACCCUAGCGGAGACUGUCCUCGCCGACCGUUUCGAGCAACUAGUGCAGUUGGUCACCAUGAUCUCUGAUAAGGGCGAGCUCCCAAUAGCAAUGGCCUUGGCAAACGUCGUCAGCACAUCUCAAAUGGACGAGCUGGCUCGUGUGUUCGUCACUCUCUUCGACGCUAAGCAUCUACUAGCACCGCUGCUGUGGAACAUCUUCUAUAGAGAAGUUGAGGUGUCGGACUGUAUGCAGACGCUCUUCCGCGGCAACUCCCUAGGGAGUAAAAUCAUGGCGUUCUGCUUCAAGAUCUAUGGCUACGGUUACCUGGUUUCCCUGCUGGAACCGCUGGUUACCGCGUUAUUAGAGCAGGCAGACCAGCCUGAUCUGAGCUUCGAGGUGGAUCCAGCCAGGCUGGACCCAUCGCAGGACAUAGAAGUCAACCGCUCCAACCUGAUAGACCUCACCAAAGAGGUCUUCAACAGGAUUAUCAACUCCGCGGACAAAUUCCCUCCGCAGUUGAGGAGCAUGUGCCAUUGUCUCUAUCAGGUUUUAAGCAAACGAUACGCACACAUACCUCAAACUAGUGUGGGUGCUGUUGGUACAGUACUAUUUUUGAGGUUCAUCAAUCCAGCCAUAGUGUCGCCGCAAGAGAUGGGUAUAGUCAGCCGUCCCGUUCCCCCCACGAUAAAACGUGGUCUCAUGCUGAUGUCCAAGAUUCUGCAGAACAUUGCCAACCAUGUCGAGUUCUCUAAGGAGCAACACAUGUUGCCUUUCAACGAUUUCUUAAGGGCCCACUUUGAGUUGGGACGCAAGUUCUUCAUACAAAUAGCAUCAGACUGCGAAAGCGUGGACCAAACGUCACACAACCUCUCAUUCAUCAGCGACGCAAACGUUGUAGCAUUACACCGACUGCUCUGGAACCAUCAGGAACGGAUAGGGGAUUACCUGUCUUGCAGUCGAGACCAUAAGGCCGUAGGACGACGACCGUUUGACAAGAUGGCCACAUUGCUCGCUUACUUAGGACCUCCGGAACACAAACCUGUCGACUCCGGUCUCCUUUUCUCCUCGUACGCCCGAUGGUCCUCAAUCGACAUGUCUUCCACCAACUUCGAGGAGUUCAUAGUGAAACACAACAUGCAUGAAAAAGAGGAGUUUAAGAGUAUCAAGAGCUUGAACAUAUUCUACCAGGCGGGCACCAGCAAGAUCGGGAACCCGGUGUUCUACUUCAUCUCUAGGAGAUACAAGAUAGGAGAGGUGAACGCGGACCUCCUGAUAUACCACGUGAUCUUGACCCUAAAGCCCUUCUGCCAGCAGCCCUUUGAACUCAUUGUCGACUUCACACACACCAACUCGGACAAUCGGUUCAGAACGGACUUCCUCCAAAAAUGGUUCACGGUGCUCCCCGACGUGGCGUACAUCAACAUACACGCCUGCUACAUAUACAACUGCAACAGCUGGGUGCGGGAGUACACUAAGUUCCACGAGGCGAUACUAGCUCCACUCAGAGGCAACAGAAAACUAAUUUUCAUCGACAACCACACUCGCCUCAGCGACUAUGUGGAGGCUGAGCAACAAAAGUUGCCCGGCGCGACACUGGCUUUAGAAGAGGAUCUCAAAGUGUUCAGUAAUGCACUCAAACUGUCGCAUAAAGACACAAAAGUUGCUAUAAAGGUGGGACCAACAGCUUUACAAAUAACAUCAGUAGAGAAGACUAAAGUUCUUGGUCUGCCGGUGUUGUUGAACGACGUUUACUACGCUUCGGAAAUAGACGAGGUGUGCCUCGUCGAUGACAACCAAUUUUCUCUGUCAAUCGUGAACGAGCCUACUCCACUAAGUUUCAUACACAACGAUUGUGAUAAUAUUGUGCAAUCCAUCAUACAUAUACGGAACCGCUGGGAGCUGAGUCAACCGGACUCAGUAACAGUGCACCAGAAGAUACGUCCAAAAGACGUCCCAGGGACUCUCCUCAACAUGGCCCUGCUGAACCUUGGCUCCUGUGACCCCAACCUUCGGACGGCAGCGUAUAACCAGCUAUGUGCGCUCACUGCUACCUUCCAUUUGAAGAUUGAAGGUCAACUGCUGGAGACAUCAGGCCUAUGCAUACCUUCCAACAACACAAUCUUCAUCAAAUCAGUGAGCGAGAAACUAGCACACAACGAGCCCCAUCUCACUCUAGAGUUUCUCGAGGAAUGUAUUCAGGGAUUCCGUGGCUCCUCGAUAGAGCUAAAGCAUUUAUGCCUGGAGUACAUGACACCAUGGCUAGCCAAUUUAGUCAGAUUCUGCAAGCCGUCAGACGAGUCCCGCCGCCAGAAGCAGGUCGCCCAAAUCCUGGAGAAGCUGAUCACCCUCACCAUCGAGGAGACGGAGAUGUACCCCUCGGUGCAGGCCAAGAUCUGGGGCUCCAUCGGGCACGUGCCCGAGCUGAUCGACAUGGUGCUCGACAGCUUCAUACAGCGGAGCGUCAACUCGGGUCUCGGUUCACCAAUGAUUGAGAUAAUGGCCGACACUGCCGUCGCAUUGGCAUCCGCCAACGUGCAACUGGUCUCUAAGAAAGUCAUCGGCAGAAUGUGCAGGGCCCUAUCGAAACUGCCCAAUAAUGCCCUGGGCCCCGUUACCCCGGCCACUGUGAUGGACAAGACCUGUCAUUCACCGACGCCCGUCCUAGAGAUGCACAUGAUGUGGGGUGACAUUGCGAUAUUGGCGAGAUAUUUGCUGAUGUUGUCGUUCAACAACUGCCUGGACGUGACGCGUCACCUGCCGUACCUGUUCCACACGGUCACGUUCCUGGUGUGCUCGGGCACGGUGUCCAUGCGCGCCGCCACGCACGGGCUGGUCAUCAACAUCAUACACUCGCUGUGUACCUGCAACAGCCCCAGUUUCUCUGAGGAAACCCAGCGAGUCCUGAUGCUGUCCCUGGAUGAGUUCGCCCUGCCCAAGUUCUACCAGAUGUUUGGCAUCUCCAAGGUCAAGUCGGCAGCGGUCACCGCCUUCCGGAGCCCGCACAACCGCCAUCCUGACAAAGAGUGGUACUCUGAGCACUCGUACACGGCCUGUACCGAGUCCGGCACGUCGUCCGGCAGCGGAGCCCCGGCCGCGCCGCCGCACUCGGACCGCGAGCGGCUGCCCCUGCAGUCGCUCGAGACCAUCACCGACGCCCUGCUCGAGAUCAUGGAGGCCUGCAUGAGGGACAUACCGCGCUGCGACUGGCUGACCACGUGGACUUCCCUGGCCAAAAGCUUCGCCUUCUGUUUUAACCCGGCACUGCAGCCGCGCGCUCUAAUCGUAUUCGGUUGUAUUAGUAAAAAUGUAACCGACGACGAUAUGAAACAGCUGCUGCGUAUAUUAGUAAAGGCGCUCGAGUCGUUCAACGACUUGGCUUUAUUAGAAGCUCUUAUUAUGUGCCUGACGAGGUUGCAACCACUUCUCUACCCGGAAUCCCCGAUCCACACGGCCCUAUUCUGGGUGGGUCUAUCGGUGUUGCAGCUAGAUGACCCUACCCUGUACGCGGCUGGGCUGUCUCUCCUGGAACAGAACCUGCAUACCCUCGACUCGCAGGGGCAGUUUGAACAUAAGACCUUGGAGCAAGUAAUGAUGGAGACAAGAGAGCCACUGGAGUGGCAUUUCAAGCAAAUGGACCACGCUGUAGGACUGAGUUUCCGCUCCAACUUCCACUUCGCCCUGGUCGGUCACCUGCUGAAGGGUUACCGGCACCCGCUGGCCGCGUCCGUGUCGCGCACGUGCCGCGUGCUCGCCGCGCUGCUCGCCAUCACCGCGCGGCACGCAGACAAGUUCCACGUCACGCCCGUCACCGUGGCUUACCUCACCGGUUGGUAUUGCCUGCCUCGUCUUCAUGAAAUGACCUCGCUGUACUCGGCCGUGUCGCGCACGUGCCGCGUGCUCGCCGCGCUGCUCGCAAUCACCGCGCGGCACGCCGACAAGUUCCACGUCACGCCCGUCACCGUGGCUUACCUCACCGCAUUGGUGUGUGUGAGCGAGGAAGUCCGUUCCCGCUGCCACGUGAAGCACUCGCUUCCAAAAUGGCUGCCGGACAAUUGCGACCACUACUGCCCCACCAUUGACUACAAUCAGUCCUCAAUGCUGAUCCAGCCUUCUACAUCCAGCAGCUCAUGCCAGAGUCGGCGACAGAAGUCCUGGGACGUCCUAGACCAGGCUGCUAUAUCCUCAGCUCAUGGUGGUAAAUCACCCACAAUGCAACAGUCUAGUAGCGGUGGACACAGCCCGCAUUUCAUCAAUAUACCGCAUCAGACCUCAGCUCGAAUGCUUUUUAAGACCCAGAGGUCUUUUUCAGUACCAACGUCGAAAGACACUAUAGGGCCACCAAGGGACAGCGAAGGCCGAGCACACAGCAUGCAGCACGGGACCUCGGGUGAUGCCGCGCGCGCUGAACAAGACGGCGACAGUGUUCUAGAUGUCGUGGAGGAUGAGGGGCGCGGGUCGCCGGGCAGCACGGACGAGGCGACCGAGCGGCCGUCUUCAACCAAGUCGGGGGACAGCGACUUCCCCGAGAAGGUUAGCAAUCAAGCGUCUACGGACAAGGACACAAGCAGCCCGGAGAGCAACAGCUUAUUGGACCCGAGUGUACUCUCCGACUUCACCACGCAAGCGCUGGUGCUGACUGUACUCGCCACUCUAGUUAAAUACACUACAGAUGAAGACGAAAUAAGAAUAUUGUACCAGUAUUUGGCUGAAGGCUCUGUCGUAUUCCCGAAAGUAUUUCCCGUAAUCCAUUCUCUCCUAGAUAUGAAAAUAAACCACGUGCUAAUGCAUUGCCACGACCAAGUGAUCCUGAGCGCGGUACAGAGUAUAAUACAGAACAUGAUCGCGUCCGAAGACGCCAGUCAGCAACAGCUGCACUAUAUGCAGAGCUGCGGGUUCGGCGGGCUGUGGCGGUUCGCGGGCCCUUUUACUAAGAUCCAAUGCACAGCGGAAAGCAGCGAGCUGUUCGUCAACUGCUUAGAAGCCAUGGUCGAGACGUGUCUACCAGGGUCUGAGCACGCUCAGGCCCGUGCUCCACCCCCAGACCCCGACCGGCAGGACACAUCAGGUACACACCCGGACCCUGCCCAACUGUUCUGUUCUUUAGAAGCCAUGGUGGAGUGUCUACCGGACUCGACAGUAGGACACAGGUUCAUUCCCAGACUCUGUCCAAUGCUUAGAAGCCUACUAGAGACGUGCCUCCCAGGGUCUGAGCAUGCUCAAGCCCGUGCUCCACCCCCAGACCCUGACCGGCAGGACACAUCAGGGUCUGAGCAUGCUCAAGCCCGUGCUCCACCCCCAGACCCUGAUCGGCAGGACACAUCAGGUACAAACCCGGACCCUGCCCAACUGUUCUGUUCUUUAGAAGCCUUGGUGGAUUGUCUACCGGGCUUCACAGUAGGACACAGGUUCAUUCCCGGACCCUGUCCAAUGCUUAGAAGCCUACUAGAGACGUGCCUCCCAGGGUCUGAGCACGCUCAGGCGCGCGCUGGACCAGACCCUGACCGGCAGGACACAUCAGGUACACACCCGGACCCUGCCCAACUGUUCUGUUCUUUAGAAGCCAUGGUGGAGUGUCUACCGGACUCGACAGUAGGACACAGGUUCAUUCCCAGACCCUGUCCAAUGCUUAGAAGCCUACUAGAGACGUGCCUCCCAGGGUCUGAGCACGCUCAGGCGCGUGCUGGACCAGACCCUGACCGGCAGGACACAUCAGGUACACACCCGGACCCUGUCCAACUGUUCUGUUCUUUAGAAGCCAUGGUGGAGUGUCUACCGGACUCGACAGUAGGACACAGGUUCAUUCCCAGACCCUGUCCAAUGCUUAGAAGCCUACUAGAGACGUGCCUCCCAGGGUCUGAGCACGCUCAGGCGCGUGCUGGACCAGACCCUGACCGGCAGGAUACAUCAGGUACAAACCCGGACCCUGCCCAACUGUUCUGUUCUUUAGAAGCCAUGGUGGAUUGUCUACCGAGCUUCACAGUAGGACACAGGUUCAUUCCCGGACCCUGUCCAAUGCUUAGAAGCCUACUAGAGACGUGCCUCCCAGGGUCUGAGCACGCUCAGGCGCGUGCUCCACCCCCAGACCCUGACCGGCAGGACACAUCAGGUACACACCCGGACCCUGCCCAACUGUUCUGUUCUUUAGAAGCCAUGGUGGAGUGUCUACCGGACUCGACAGUAGGACACAGGUUCAUUCCCAGACUCUGUCCAAUGCUUAGAAGCCUACUAGAGACGUGCCUCCCAGGGUCUGAGCAUGCUCAAGCCCGUGCUCCACCCCCAGACCCUGACCGGCAGGACACAUCAGGUACACACCCGGACCCUGCCCAACUGUUCUGUUCUUUAGAAGCCAUGGUGGAGUGUCUACCGGACUCGACAGUAGGACACAGGUUCAUUCCCGGACCCUGUCCAAUGCUUAGAAGCCAUGGUGGAAACAUGUCUACCAGGGUCUGA